GGCGCACGUUGCUAGGAUCGUGAGAAGCUGUUGCUUGGUAACAGUAUUUCUGCCUCGUUGGCGACCGAAGCUCGUCGAUUCUUCGCCGCUUCACGGAUCAAACGUCCCUCCUCCUCGAAACGAGCCGAGCAACUACCAGUAACGAAAAUAUAACCUUAGUUGUUAGUGACCUUCAAGAUGAUUUUAAGGGACUUGAAAAGAACCGUUUUAGUAUCCAACGGGGAAAAAAAAAAAAAAAAACGGAGGAGACUGUAGGCUGAAGAGAUGCGAGCGAGGAGGAUAGCAAGUGACGAAGAAGGUACUUGACCCAGUAUGCCGCCAGAUAGACCGGACGCGUCAGGCGUGGAGACCGGCAUAGGACUGAGCAGCACGCAGGUUUUCAACUUCGGGGAAACAGUGUACACGAUGAAGGAGAAAGAAAAUGCGAGUGCUUUUGUCGAGACGAAUUCAACCGAGGAACUUUCUAUGUCCGACAAAUCUGUCGAGAAGAACAGCCAGUCGGACGAUGAUCUGACCUCGUUGAGCUGGCUUCAUCAGCAGAACUUGUUGAAGGGUUUGGACAUUUCAAAUCCGACGAAAGACACGAAGAACGAAAACGCGUUGAAUAACAAUGUCUGCGACGAUACGGCAGACUUCUCUGAGAACACCAAUUCUGUAUCGAGUUUAGACGAUGGUUACUGCCCAGCAGAUAAUAGUGGCAAGAUAAAUAACACGGCGUCGCAUGGUAAUAGUCAAAACUAUCAACAUUCGAAUAAAAAUGGUCAAAAAUCAAUGCAAAUCUUUCAGGAAUCUGUAAAAAGUCAUUACAGCACCUCGCAAAACAAUCAGACGAAGAUAUCCCUGAACAACAAUAAUCUGCCAGUCUCAAAUCGCAACAAACACCCAACUCAUAUACCAUAUGAUCCUCACUUGCAUAGAAACAGUAAACCGCCAUAUUCAUUUUCUUGUUUAAUUUUCAUGGCUAUUGAAGAUAGCCCAGUAAAAGCUCUACCAGUCAAGGAAGUAUAUGCUUGGAUAUUGGAUCACUUUCCAUAUUUUAGGAACGCUCCGACUGGGUGGAAAAAUUCUGUUAGACAUAAUCUAAGCCUAAAUAAAUGCUUCCGUAAAGUAGAGAAAGCACCAAAUUUGGGCAAAGGUUCGCUAUGGAUGGUAGACGCCCAGUAUCGUCCGAAUCUGAUACAAGCGUUAUCCCGCGCUCCUUUUCCACCUCCAACCGCUCAAACUUUGUCUUCCCCUGAAAAACCACAAAAGAAGAAUACCGGUACACGUCUACCUGAUCCCAUUCUGUUUCCAUACCUCUCCAAAAGACUGGCAUCGAGCAACAUUACCGACAACACAGACACUGAAGUAGAUAGCGAUGUAGACGCAGCUGCAGCCGCUAUGCUUUCCUUUAAACACGGACCCAUUAUUUUAAAUCACAAUAAAGAUCGUAAACGGAAAAUACCGGAAUCCGAGAUAUUGGUUCCUGUAAUCACCAGGAGCUCCAGCGAGGACCACACUUACAGUUGCAUUACCUCAGUCAGGCAAGAAAGUAAAUAUCCAAGGAAGGAAACAAAUCCCGAUUUCGAUGAGCAGCGGAAAAUAGCGGAAGGCGCGGACGCGCUUUUAAAUCUAGCUGGUGUUACCACACCGCUCAAUCAGAAUAGAACGCAUCAUGUACAAGGUAUUAACUCGACGCCAAAGUCCGAGGGUACGUCGAAGCUGAAAAAACGUUCAGCCUCGAAUGAUUAUUCGAACAUACCAGAGAAAAGACGUAAGCAUUGGCCAAAGUGGAGUGAAGGGAAGCGGUAUUUAAAACAAAUUAUAUAAGGAUACUUCGGUUAUAAUGUGUACAUACGUAGCAUCGCAAAUUUCCUAUUUUUCUUUUCCAUAUUCAAAUGCGAACUUUGAGCUCAAAAUUCUAUCCUCGGUAUGAAUUUCAUUGACAAUGGACUUAAAUGGUGCGUCGUUGACGAUGAAUCUGUUGUCUCUUUGGAUAAGAAUUUGAUUAGAUUUGUUAGACAUCUAAGAAGAAAGAGUGAGAAGAACGCGAUGUGUUCUAUCGAAUUAGGAGAAAAGAAAAAGCUCUAUUAGGUGCAUUUCUAUUUAAAAGAUUAAAAAAAAAAAAGAAUAACGACAAUGUAAGGGUGGCGAAAGGAAAGAAAAAAUUGGCGGUCGCUCAGGGUUAGAACUCGCUAUAUGCCAAAAUGAAUAUUCAAUAGCACUAAGCAACAAGCAAUAAUAGAAAGAUAGCGUUAAAAGGUGGAAAAUUACUUUCUCAAGGUAUUGUUAAGACAUGAAUACAAUUAUAAGUGGCUCAUGGAACAUCAAUGAGAAAACAAGAAAACAAUAUCGCGUACUAAAACUAAAAUAACGAUAAACUUUUUAGACCUGUUGUGACAAUUAUACAUAUUAAUUCAUAGAGAGUUUAAUUAAUGAUAAUAGAGUUCUAUAUUAGGUUUUUUGUAGAUAUGUAUAGAAAUAUAAUUGAUAUCUAUUCGAUAGAGAAAUUGAUAAUAUAUUUAAAAAAAAGAUUAUAUAUAUAUACACACACACACACACACAGACGCAGACAUACACACACGCGCGCGUUCAUUCACUUUCACUCGCAUAUAUACACGUUCAUGUUCACAUACUCAUUCAUUUACACUCAAAAUACAUCUGGUCAUAUACGCAAUUGUAUGUGUGCAAAAUGUGUGCCGCGAAAAGCUAUAUAACGAAAAGAACUUUAAAAAAAGAAAAAAGAAGGAAACAAAAGUCGAGGUACACUGAAUAUGGAUUUGAAAUGAACAAUAUUAUCAUUUCAUGCCUUUUUCUACUCUCUUCGUGGCUUUUGAGAUGAUUUUGAACAAUGCUGUACAUAUGUAGAUCCUGUAAUGUAUGCACAGACCAGUUUAGAAAAAAAUUUGUUGAAACAUCAAUAUAUAUAGAUAUAUAUAUACAUGUAGCGUCGAAUUGAUAAGUAUCGAUUGGAAGAAAUGUAUAAAGGUAUAAGGCAAGAGUGUCAUCCUAUUUUUAUAAAAAAAGAAAAUAAAAAAACAAAUAUAUCUAUAAUAUUAAGAGAUCUUGUGAAUACCUGAUAAAUAAUGAAGAUGUAUCUGAAAUCGAUGAACUGGUCUUGUAUACAUUGAUAUUGUAGUUCUAUAUAGAGAGAACGUAUAUUUUUACAGGGCACUGCCCGCGUGAUAAAAGCUCUUCCUAAUAAUUGCUAAAAAAAAAAAGAAGAAAAAAGAAAAAAAAAUUAUGAAAAAGAAACACAGUUCAUUAGCUUAAACCAUUUACUAAUUAUAUCUUGCGUGACACUACAAACACAGCAUGGUAGCGCAGCCUAAGUAAUUCCAUGUAUUUACAUGCCAUAUAUAUAAUACAAAACCUUCGUUAAAAGGGAUAAAACGUGAAAUGCAUAAUCUUGGUUUUGAAUAACGAACGUGUAAAAGUGAGAGCACACACUCUUAAAGAAAAAAACGAAUGAACUUGGUUACCAAUUAAAAUGUGGCGAAAUUUUUUCGAUCGGAGACGUUUCUAGUCUUACGAUUACACUAUAUAUAUAUACACAUAUAUAUGUAUAAAAUGGAACGAUAUCAGUUAUUAGGUUGAUAAUGAUAUUUAAGCGUCACAAAUGCUAUUAACAGGUAAAUUGUUACUUGUAAUAUAUGUUACUGCUGGCUCAGAUACCUUUCGAAAUGUGUACAUGCGAGACUCAUUAUUGUCGCUUCUUAAAAAAAGGUGCAAUUUAGUUUUAACUUAUUAACCAUGUACUGUUUAUUCUCUAACGUUUACUCUCUAGUUACUUUCCAAGUCGGCGAAGUGCUGAUGAUAAUUUUCAGUCAGUAAAGUUAUUGCACUUAAGAACGUUACGCUAAAAUAAAAGUGUUAGAUGUUAUUAACGUGCGAGAAUGACGAGAGUGGAAAGUAAUUAAUUUUUAGCAUCACAAAAGCGGAUCGACGAUACGAUAAAUAUUGAAAAAGAGAAAAAUGGGCAAAUAUCGAAUAUAAGGCGCGCUGCCAAAAAAUUUUAUGUGAUUGUAGCUAGUCAGCUACAAAGGGAAAAUAUCCACGAUUAUAAAAAAAAAAAAGGUGCAAGGAAGAAUGCCAUGUUUAUACGCGAUCGAGGGAACUUCAGUUUUUGAGAGAAAUAUUAUAUACAUUUCACCGUAAAAUUAUUCUAUUUAGCACACACACACAUAUUUAUAUAAUAUACAGAAAUAUAUAUCUAUAUAUAUAUAUAUAUAUAAUAUAUUAAAUAUGCUUUAGAAACAAAAGAAAAGCAAGCACGUGUUCGGUAGCGGGCAGUUCUUUUUCGAAAUUUGUAUACGCACGAGCAAGACCAGUUUUUGUAGACUUUACGUUUUCUAUUGUCUGUGAUAUUAUUGCAAAAGUGAACAUACCUUGUUGUUGUUGUUGUUAAUUAUAUUUUGGUAAAACAAGUUUUAGAGCUUUAUAAGUUUUAUCGUUUAGAGAAGGGGAAAGAGGGGAAAAUGAGGAAUGGAAGAGUGACACUUUUCUGAUAUUAAUUGGCAUUCUUGCUGACACCUACACAUUCUGAUCUAUAGAUAGACAGAAUGGCAUCAUUGAAACUAGCAAUAUAUUAUAAAUAUUCUAUUAUAUAUAUAUACAUAUAUAUUGAAAGUAAUAUCACAGUUUUCACACGCUAUUUGUUGAAAAUUUUUAGUCCUAGCUUUUGUUUGCUAUGACUGAAGAUCUGUUCUUCCAUGUAGUUUAUUCUAAUCUAAAUAAAUUAGGGGGUGGGAUGCCAUUUAUAAGGAUAGUGACAUAGGGUUAAUCGAUCCGUUACAAAUUAGAAUAAUCGAUUAGCAAAGUGAAUAUAAAGCAAUAUGUACCAGUAUAUCCUGACAUUGGGCAAAAUACUCGUUAGUCAGCCGGUCCGUACAAAACAAAAAGCAAAAAAAAGAAAAAGAAAAAAAAAAAGAAAUGUAUCUUCAUCUACUACAAUAUGUACAAGUCAAUGUUACAGCGCGCGUUUGUAUAGAGAGAAAUAAGUAUACAAAAAAACUGUAAAAACUCUAAUCGUACAAGAUAGUUAACUUAUAGAGUAUUUUUUAUGAAGUAUUAUUGUAGCGUAAAUUGCGAUAUAAGACCGUCAUUUUUCGUAAGCUCGCAUAAUCCUUAAACGCAUACAAAUUAUUAAUUUAAUGCAACAUUAAAAGAUCGUUGUUUCCUAUAUCAAAUAAGACCGGCUGAUACUAAAUGAA